AUGAGAUAAGAUAUCAAUGAUGUUGAUGAUCCAUUUCUUAAUCGGAAUUAAAGAAUUUGGAAUCUAAAUUUUGGCAAUGUUAUUAUAAUGCCACAAAUUACAAUUGAUGCAACUUAAGAUGUUGAAAACCCAAGAAUAUUUAUUGGUGGAAAUCCAAUACCUUAGAACAACACCCAAUAAUAGGAGCAAGAAGCAGCUUUAUAAGCUCUAAGAAACACCUUUAAUUAAUAAGAUAUUUUCCAAGAAUUACAUUAUAACAUUAUUCUCCUUCAAAGAUUAUUAGAGAAUGAGAUAGACUUAUAGAAGAGAGAGUAAUUAAAAAGAGUAGUAUAGUAGUUAAUCUCAAAAGAAAAUAUUUAUAAUUUAUCAAAUCAAGGUAAGCUGACUCAAAUCCAAAUUGAGAUUAUUGAGACGGCUAUCGGCAAUCUUUUAAUAUGUGUGCUAAAGUUGCCCAUAGUAUAAGCUUUUAAUUUACUCUAAUUUACUCAAAAUUUAAUACAAGUACUUUUCUCACAAUUCAAAAUCUUUAAUUGUUAUACAAUGAAGAAUUUGCGCAAAAUUAUGGAGUAUUUAGAUUUAAUUAAGGAAAACUAUCAACAUGAACAAGGCUUAGAUAUCCUUUAUGAAUAUUAAUUGCAAUUGAUGAAAGAGGCUAUUAAUUAUUAGUAAGAUGGUAAUGCAAAGAUUUUAGAGAAAUUUAUUUUCGAAUAAAAUAAAUAUUAAAAUUAAAAUGAAUUGAUUUUUAAAUUAUUUUAAGAUGCUAAUAAUUUAUUGUAAGGUAAUAACAAUAAGGAAUAUGAUAAAUACUACUUUUUUUAAUAGUUAAAGUUGACAAUAAUAAGAAUUAAAUUAACUUAACAGAAUAUUAAUAUCACAUAAAUUGUUUAAUAGUUGUAGAAAGGGUAUCAAUUAUGUAUUCAAAAUAAUUAAAAUUAGAGGGUACACUUAGGAUUUCUACAAAUUCUGCUUGAGUUAAUAUCAAUAGAGAAUUAAGGUAGAAAUGAUUUGAUUGAAUUCUUUAAUGAGCUAUCUGUUCGAUUGAUAAACUUCUAAAUUUAAGAUAACAAUAAUAUCUGGGAAUAUUAUAUUAAUACUAAUUGUGCAUCAUCCAUUAAAUGUUAUUUGGCAUUUAAUUUGAUUAUACUCAGAAAUUAAUAAGAACAAAGAACAAUUACAACAAAAUGCAAAGAGUUGAUUACUCUUUUUUCAAAUAGACAACAGGAUGAAAAUGCUAGAAUGAUCUUGCAAAAUGAAAAAGUUACUGCUAUUUAGGAGAAUUUUCAGCAAAUCCAAGAAUCCUUUUUACAACUUAAAUCGUAUAGAGAGCCAUUAAAAACACAUAGAGAAAAGCUAUAAAAGGAGUUUUAAUAAAACUAGGUUUAUAUCAACAUUCCUUUAAAAGUCUCAAGAAAAAUCAAACAUAAUUAAUAAACUUUUUAAUAAAUAUCAGAUAAGCCCAUUUAUUUAUUCAAAGAAGUUGCCUCUUUUGAUGCUGAAUAAGAAUAGACUUAUGAAGUUAAUGAUUUUCUUUGGAGAGACAGCAACAACAGUGAUCUUCUUUUGGUUUAUGGAAUGGCAGGAUCGGGUAAGAGUAGCUUUUUAAAGUAAUUGUAAUUGUUUUUAAUAAAACACUAUGAAUCAAGUUCAAAGUAAAAAAAAUGGGUUCCUAUUCUUAUCCACUUGGCUAGUUUUAAGGAAUUCAACAAAGAUAUUUGGAGCUAACUCUUAAAUGCAGGUGGAAUCUUAUUGAAUAAUGAACAAAUUAAAAGUUUCACUGAUGAUAUACAGAAUGGGUAACUGAACAUUGUUAUACUAUUUGAUGGGUUAGAUGACAUCAGAGAGAAAAUCUAUGAAAAUUUUAAAAUGUAUAUAAAAAAACAUUGCGAAAAAUAACUAGGUAAGAAUGUAAAAAUAAUAAUAACGACAAGGCUAGAAUCUUUUAUAUCUUUGGAAUAAAUAGUGUAGAGUUACAAUCUUUUGACUGAAAUUGAAAUACAAAAUUUAGAUGAUUCAUUAAUUAAAGAAUACCUUGAAUAAUACUGCAGAGAAAUUUUACGAUAAAAAAUAUAUAGCAUUUAAGGAUAACAAUAAUAGGUUGGAAUUUAAUUUUCUGAAAUAUGGGUUGCUUACUUUCUUUAAGAAGUCAAAGCUCUUGUCAAAAAAACUAGUACCAAUUAAUAUAUUCUUCCUGAUGAACUCUUUUCGUCUAUGUAGGAUAAGAUAUUAUCAAAAUUCUAAGCUAUAUCAAAAGAACAAUUAUCUGAAUUUUAGAAUGAUUUUAAAAAGAUUUAAAGCACAGGAGAAUUAACUAAAAAAAUUAAUAAUAAUUAAUCCAAAAAUUUGAUUUAUGUACCUUAAACACUAUAACUUGUUUUAUAACUUUUGUCAGAUAUAGAUAAAAAGGUACACAAAUAGAAACUAUAAAAAUUGUUUAAGAUAGCACUAUAAAAAUUAAAGAUUGAAUAAAUUACAUCCAUUGAUUAAAAGGAAAAAGCCAGUUCAUAAGAAUAUAGUGAGAGUGUUCAGAAUUUAAUGAAUAAAUUAGUAGAGAAGAAAUGCUUUGAUAAUUUUUCAUUUGAGAAUUUAGGUGAUGCAUUUUCAGAAGUAGAAUAAGAUCUUAUUAAAGAGGCUGCAAUCAAAACUUAGUUUACUUACUAUCAAUUUUACAAAUUAUUUAUAUCUUCAUAUUAUGAAAAGUAAAAGAAACAAAAAUAGAACUAAGAAAACCUCACAUUUAGUGCAGAUUUUUCAAAAGAUCUAAAUAAGUUUUAAAUGUUGCUUGCUGCAUAAAUGAUUAAAAAUUAGUCUCUUGAAUUAGUCAAAAAAGAGAUUGAGAAUAUUUUGACAAUUUACUUUAAUAUAAACAAUCUUCAUGAUCCUAUUGGUUACCAAUUAAUAAAGUUUAGCCUCCUUAAGAAGCUUGAAAAUGAUUCCUACACAUUUGUGAAUUAAUCAAUUUUAGAGUACUUUGUGGGAAAAUAUAUUUUAAGAUUUAUCAAGGAUUUUUCAAGAGAUUUCAAAAGUAGACCUAUUGAGAGAGAUAUUGAGUCGAGUUAGUUUAAUUAGGAUGAUUUCAACUUAUCUCUUAAUUAAUUUUAAGGGGUGUUAAAUAUUAUAAACCCUGAAUUGUAAAAUUAUAAAGAUAUCAAAUAAAUCUUAAUAAAAAUAUUAAUCCAGUCAAGAAACGAAUAAUUUAUCAGAGCAGGUUCUAAUAGCAUAUUAUUGAUCAAUGUUUUGGGCUUUGAACUAAUAGGCGAAGAUCUAAAAGGAAUUAAAUUAAGCAAAACUAAUCUCUCCGGCCUUAAUUUCUUUGGAAGUAAUUUGGAUUAAUCUGUGUUCAAAGAAGUAAGUAUGAAUUAUUGCAAUUUUAAUAAUACCAGUUUGUAAAGAGUGUAAUGGACAGAAAUACCUUGGAAUAAUUUUGUAGUUUCCAAAGGCUAAAAUUAAGAAUAGAUACAAAAUGUUGAAUUUUCACCAGAUAAUUAGUACUUAAUUUCGUAAGAUAGAUAUUCUUUUAAGUUAUGGAAUCUAUAAACUUAAAAAAAAUAUAUGAUAAAAACCUAGGUUCAAAUAGUUAAAAACAUUUAUUUUUCAUCUGAUUCAACAAAAUUGUUGGUAAACUUUUUUUAGUUUUAUCAAAUUUACUAUAUUGAUAAAAAUGAUAUAAGGUUAUUGAUAACUAUUCCAUAGCUUUUUUAAGAAUCUUUAUCUACUUUUUAUCAUAGAGAACACAAAUUAAUUUUUAAUUAAGGCUAAGAUUGGUAUACCUAUAAUUUGGAAAAUGUAAUCUAAUCAAAAUCAGAAUGGAUUAAAUCCUCAAUCUUUGAUAAACCAACUAAAUUCUCAUGCGUUAAGCCAAUGUCCAAUGGCGAAAUACUCAUAGGAUACUAGGACGGAGAAAUAAGUAUGUGGGAUAUUCAAAAAUUAAUGAUAAUAUCAAAAAAUGAUCACUAAAGUGCAAUAAAAUCCCUUUCUGAAAAAACAUUUUAAUUAAAUUCAGACAUUUAAUUAUAAUUUUAAAAUAAUGGUUAUGCUUCUUUACUCAUAUCCACUAGUGAAGGAUAAGUAAUUGUAUGGCGAAAAACUGCUAAUAGGUAUGAAAAAGUCAAUGCAUUAUCUUCAAAAAAUGUUAAUGGUUUAUUGCCAAGAUUUUUAAAUUUUAGUUAAGAGAAAACAUAAUUAGAUUGGAUGUAAGAAAUCUAUUUGGUAUUCUUUCGAGAUGAAUAUAUCAUAUUUCAUGAUAUAAGGAAAAUCGUUGAAUUAAAUGACGAUAUAAUAAUGAGAGAUGCUUAUUGCAUGGCCACUCAGACAUGGACUUUGGGCUGGCCCUUGCAACCGAUUAAGAAGCACUGGUUAUAUGUUGCUAAGGAUAAUUGUAUUGAGAUUUAUGACAAUUAUCUAAUUUACAAAGCUAGAAUACCGCUAGAAUCUUGUCACCCUUUGUCUAUGUAUUUUUGUUCCAAUAAUUACAUGAUUUCAUACAACCAAGAUGAAACUAUUAGGUUUUGGUAUAUAUAAAAUGAGAACAUGGGACAGUCGUAGACGCAGGACCCUAAUUAAUAUAUGACGAUGGAUCGAUUUAAUUAUGGCCAUCUUAUUAGAGGAUCUAUUAAAGGAUAUGUGUAAAACUUAAGAUAAUCAUAUAAAUGGAAAGUACGAGAUUAAAUCAUAAAAAUUGCUGCUUAGGAGAAUAAGUAACUGAUAAACAUUUAUGAUGUAUAACUACAAAAAGAUAGAAUAGAAUUUAGUCAGGGUCCAGGAUAACGAUGCUCGCAAGAUUAAACUAUUGGUUGUUUUGCUCUCUUUGGUGAAGGAGAAUAAAUCUACUUAGGCAUUAACAAACGUAUAGAGAUUAGAAAUUUAUAAAAUAAUUAAGUAAUCCCUUUAAAAGAGAUUCACACUUAAGACAUUUAUUAAAUUCUGUUUAAUGAAAAAGAAUCAUUACUAGUUUCUUGUAGUAAUGAUAAUUCGAUUGUAAUAUGGAAUACUAAAGACUUUAAUAAAAAUUAUUGCAUAAAAAAUUUAAAAUGCCUUGACUUAGUAUUUGAAUCAGAAAGAUAGCUCAUAGUUUAGACUGAAAAUUCAAUCACUUGGUAUAAUAUUUAAUUAGAUUUAAAUGUAUAAGUUGUUAGAUAUAUUGAUUCUUAAGAAAGUUUUGUUAAUAAUAGUUUAAUAUAAUAAAUGACUGUUUUCUAAAAGAAUGUAAGAGAUUAUGAAGAUUUAAAUAUAAAUGAUAAAGAAGAAUAAAAUUUAUAAUACUUGGCAAUUAAAUAAGGAAAUAACAUGAUACUUAAACACUUCUAAAAAGGAGAUUAAAUAAAGGUUGUGACAUUUAACGAACAAGAUAAGAAUGUAGAAUUUGCUAGUAAACACUUAAUCGUGUAUACAAUAAAGUCCUCUAAUGUUUUAGAAGUUGCUAAUAUAGAUGAUAGAAAAGUAAUCAUUUCGUUAAAAUUUUGUUAAUUUGCAAUAACAGAACGAGUUUAACAUUGGAAUACUUCAUAUCUCAUAAUAGUAGUUGAAACAAUAAAUGAAAUUAUUGUUAGAAUGAUACCAAAUUAAUAAACAUAGACUUUGAAUAAAUUUGAAUCCAUCUAAAAAUAGGCCAAAGGUAUUUAAACACGCUUAGCUUUAUCUGAGAAUGGUUAAUUUCUAGCAAUUAAUAAUAAUUAAUAAAUAGCUAUUUAUUUAAUCACCUAGGAACUGAAACUAAUUAAGAUGUCAAAUUUUUCUAUAGGUAUUGAAAUAUCAGAGAUAUACUUUUUAUCGACUUACAGGAUUUUAAUUCGAAGUCAUGACCUCCUUUAUCAAUAUUCUUUAAAUCUUGAACAAACAAGAAUACAUUCUGAAAAAAACAGGAUCGAUUCGCUGUAUAACUCCAUUAAAUUGAAUUACAAUGAGAAAUCUUUAGCAAAAAUAUCAGAAAAUCAUGUUGGUUUGAUAUCUCUUUAACACUAGUAAGGUUUACCAGAUCUGGAAGGCAAUUUUUUUACAGCCUCCCUUGAUCAUAAGUAUAUUGCCAUAUAUAAUGAUAAUCAUAUAGAUUGCUACGUUUGGGAAGAAUAAAUCAAAUUUUUAUAUAAAAUUACUUUUCAAAAUAAAUUAUAUAGUCUAGCAUAUUUGAAAGAUCCAAAUUAAAUUUUAGCUAUUACUUCUGAUAAUCUUAUAAUAUAUUGUAAAGAAAAUUAAACUAGGACUGUUUAAGGUAGAUACUACCGUAAUACGCAUGCAUCAGCAAAUGAAUAAAUAGCUAGCAUCGAACAAUCUACUAUUCGAGUCUCUUAAACGGAAUAUAAUAAUAAAUUGUAUUAUCCAAAAAACUUUGGAUAUCAGGCUAGAACCCCAUUUUUUACACAAGAUGGACAAUAUUUUGUCUAUUAAAAAAAAAAAAAAGUAAUCUUUUAAAGUUUAUCCAACCCUAAUUCAAAAUAUAUUCCUGAACAAAUAAAAGGAUCAACCCCCAUAUCAUUUUUAGCAGAAAGCAAUUAUUUGGUUACUCUAAAGAAAAAAGAAAGUCGAAUAAGUCAUUGGGAUAAAUCAUCGUUAAAGGAUGAAUAUUACAUAAAUGUUUGGGAUGUAACAGUUUUAAGUAAUGUAAAAGCCUUCUUUGAAAUACCAAUCCUUAAGCAAUAAAAAAAAAAAAUGUUUCAUCGAAACACCUAUAUUUCAGAAAUAGAUGGUAAUGUUUUGUGCAUUUAUGAUAUAAAAGAAAUUCAAAAAGCUGUUUAUGAUGUAAAUCUUUAUAAUUAUAUUGAAAAUGUUCAUUAUGCUGGUCAACUUCCUAAAGGAACCAAAUAUUAUUCUGUCUCAAAGGAAGAUAAUUCAAUUACUAUUUGGAGUAUGAAAACCAAAGAAAUAGUAAAAGAGUUUAAAGAUCACAAUAAAAAUACUCCAAUUUUAUUUAUAACCUUUUCCGAAGAUGAACAAUACAUGAUUUCUAGAGACAGUCAUACAAUCAUAGUAAGGAAUAUGUAUAACGAUGAAAAACUAAUUAUUGAACAUUUUUUUCAAAGUCAUUUAGAGCAAAAUGUUUACAUACUCUAUAAAUGCGACUUUGUAUCUUUAGAAAACUCCUUGGGGAUUACAUGUUAGGAUCAUGGCUUUCUACAUAUCUAUAAUUUAAAAGAUUUCAAAAGCUAUGAGUUAUAUCAUACCUAGGAUGUAACUCAAAAAUUCCUAAAAUCUUUUAGACAUUAUGUAUUUUCAAAUGGUACCAAAAUAGCCUUAUAAUAGUAAAAUUAACCAUAGGGUGUCAAAAUAUCAAUUUUUGAUGUGAGAACAAAACAUGUGAUCAAUACUCUUGAUAUGUCAGAUGAGUAAAUCUUUGUAACUUCAACUGAUAGUGAUGAAUAUUUCUUACGAUAUCUUGAUUAAAGAAAUAAUCUUUUUUAACUUUACUCUAGCCAUUCUUACAUAUAUUCAAAAGAAGAUAAUCUGUUGCAAGUAUACAAUAAUCAAGAUUUAUUAAAAGAAGAUGCAAAACCUAUUUAUGAAGUUUUUAUUCAUCUCCAUUCAAAUUUAGAUACUACAGAAUAAACCAUGAUUCAACUAAAUUAUGUUGGAAGAAAAUAUCUAACCUAUUAUUUCAAUAAAUAAUUAAGAGUAAUUGAUUUAGAACUUUAUUCAAAAUAAGUAAAACUCCUAAAGUUGGAUAAGUCAGAGAAAUUUCUUAAUUAUUUUUCUAAGGAUUAAAUUCUCAUUGAGAAAAAGCUAGAUCAAUUUACAACAUGGAAUAUUUACAACCUAAUCGAUGGUUCGAAGAAGGAGAUGUUUAGUCACGAUUAAAAUAAUUUUAUUGCAGCAUUUUCAAAUGAUGGCCAAUAUUUAGCAUAAGGUUAGAAUGAUGGUGUAAUAAGAAUAUAUAAAAUAAGUACUUAAAAAUAAGAAAUCGUUUGGUAAACCUAUAAACCUAUUAAACAUCUAAUAUACACUAAGGAUGAUGAAAUACUUAUUUCAGCUUCCGCAGAUAAUUUAGUUUAAUUUUGGAAUGUUUAAGAUAAGAAAAAAUAGAAAUUUAUACAAAGUAUUUAGAUUGCCUAUGACAUCUUAUCUAUAGUAGUAUCUCCUAAUAGAUUAGACGUCGCAUUAGAAUUAUAGGGAGAUCUCUUGCAAAUAUUAACAUGUAAUAAAAAAAAUUCAAUUGAUGAGAAUAAAAAUAGCCAAGUAUAAUAAUCUUAUUAUAAUAUAGAGCAUCGGUUGUUAUAAGACUUAUCCAUAGUUGCAAUAAUUAAUGACAGAAAAUUGCAUUCUAAAAAAUUCAAUUAUUGAAGAUCAAAAGAAAUAAUCUUUGAUUAAUUAUUUUAAUGGAAGUAUCAAAGAAGAAUAAGAUUCUGUAAUAAUUAUAGAAAAUUAAAUUUGAAUUCUGAAUAAGCUAUUU